CCGGUGUAGGGUUGCAUGUAUGCGUUUUGGCGCCAUUGAGCGUGCGUUGCCGUCAGCACGUGUUGGUUUCGUGCCUAUCCUCAGGUUUUUGAACGAAAGCGAAAGUGCAGUCGUAAUUAAAAGAGGUGUUGAGUUGAAUUGCUUAAAAGCUACGCCUGGCGUUCAAUAUGCCGCACAUUGACAACGAUGUGAAGCUUGAUUUCAAAGACGUCCUGCUGCGACCGAAGCGCAGCACGCUCAAGAGCAGGGUGGAGGUCGAUCUCAAUCGCACAUUCAAGUUCAGAAAUUCAAAAGCGACUUACACUGGGAUACCCAUUAUCGCCGCAAACAUGGACACUGUGGGGACAUUUGAAAUGGCACAGGUGCUGGCCAAGAAUUCAAUGUUCACAGCUAUUCAUAAACACUACUCCGUGCAGCAGUGGAAAGAAUUUUAUGCAUCCAAUCCAGACGUUUUUGAGAAUAUUGCCGUCAGCUCAGGCUCUGGUGAAGCAGACUAUGAAAAGAUGAAGGCCAUCCUGAGAGAGAUCCCCGCAUUGCGCUACAUUUGUCUUGAUGUUGCAAAUGGUUACUCCGAGGCAUUUGUACAAUUUGUGCGAUCUGUCAGAGCAGAUUUUACAAGCCACACAAUUAUGGCUGGUAACGUUGUCACUGGAGAAAUGGUAGAGGAGCUUCUUCUCUCUGGAGCAGACAUAAUUAAAGUUGGCAUUGGACCAGGCUCUGUCUGCACGACGCGUAAGAAGACUGGCGUAGGCUAUCCACAGCUCAGCGCAGUCAUUGAAUGUUCUGAUGCAGCUCAUGGCCUUGACGGCCAUAUAAUUUCGGAUGGAGGUUGCACUUGCCCUGGUGACGUCAGCAAGGCAUUUGGAGCAGGUGCAGACUUCGUGAUGCUAGGUGGCAUGUUAGCAGGCCAUGAUGAGUCUGGUGGAGAGGUUAUUGAGAAAGAUGGCAAGAAGUACAAGAUGUUCUAUGGCAUGAGUUCUGCCACUGCCAUGGAAAAAUAUCACGGAGGUGUUGCAGAAUACAGGGCAUCUGAGGGAAAGACCGUGCAGGUGCCAUAUCGUGGUGAUGUCCAGGCGACUGUGCUCGAUAUCCUGGGUGGUCUACGUUCGGCUUGCACCUAUACUGGGGCUGGCCGGCUCAAGGAGCUCACACGUCGAACGACCUUUAUCAGAGUGACCCAGCAACUCAAUCAAGUGUUCUCUCUACAAGCCUGAGCAUGUGCUUACAAUACCUUCUGGGCUUGACUGGUUUGAUAGAUGUUCUGUACUGAGCAUUGUUCUUGCGUUUCUAAAAGUGGAAGAAUCUCAUGUAAAAAAGUGAGAAAAUUGAUAUUUUGUUGUAUGGCAUACUUUGCUGCCACUAGAUGGUGUAUUUUUUAUUUCUUGAGAUUGACUAACUGGUGGCAUCAGAUAGACAUGCAUACGAGUGCUGUUGACAGAAGUGACACAUAAAUGAUGCAGUAGUUAAAAAUGAGGCAGUUAAAGUAAGCUGCAAACAUUUUAUUGUCUUUUUAUCUUUACAAUGCCAGAAUUGUCAAUUUCAUCAAAAAAAGGUGUUUUUUGCAGCAGUUGUUUGACACAUCUACACUGAUGGCAGGAGUAAAAGAAAUAUGAAGGUGAAGCAUAGCACAUCGACUGGAAAGUAUGGUGUAUACUUUUAAAUGGUUAUGUUCUGUGUUCUGUGCUUUGUAUUGCCUUGCACGCCGAUUUUUUAUUUCCAGUUUAUAUGCCUUUAUAAUUCAGCUGCCUCUGAUGUCUGGUUGAGGUGGUUAUAUUUUACAUAGACCAGUUUUGUCUUCUAUUACUUAGUGAAUUUUGUCAUUGCAAUUUUCAACCAUGAUUCGAAUCAUGGGCACGGCUUUGGAAGCAUUUUGUUGCAUUUUCUUUUCAGCUGUCUACUUUUGUGUGGAAGUCCUCUGAAAUUUCUUUGGAGCACUUAAUUUUAUGUACACAACUUGUUCAUUUAAUCAACUUUUCUUUUUCCAUUGUAUCAAGAAAUAUGUCUGCUCAUCACUUAAUCUGAUAGUGAUAUUUGUAAAAUAACAUUCAUGCUGGUUUAUUAUCUUUCAUAGAACAAAUUUGCUUACAUUUAAUGUUGGGAAAUCACUCAGUUGGGAAAUUCAAUGCGAGAAAUUGCUCAGUUGUGAAAUUCAAUGCCAGGUGAAGUUAACUCCUGCUUUGCAUAUUUGUGGUUAAAAAUUGUCUUUAAGCUGUGUUCACAACUGUUGACUAAUCGGUGCCCUGCUUUGUGUUGCCCUCCACUACGGCAUCUCUCAUAAUCAUAUGGUGGUUUUGGGAUGUUAAACCCCACAUAUCAAUCAAUCAAGAACAAUUUACCAGUGCAAAAAGACGAAACACUUAAGAAACACACACAGUGCUAUUUAUGUGUGUAUGUAUGUCCUUGAGCGUUGAGUCUUUUUGCGCUGGUAAAAAUAUCUCUUCUAUAGUACCCGCAGUAUGAAAGAAAAGUCGUUAGGGGUGACUAUUCCGUACCACAGCAAAUACUUCAGUUCGAAUGUAUCAAUACUAAUACAGAAAUGAACAACAGUCUAAAUGGAUGCAAAAGUAAGAAUUGCUUGGGUGCCUGGUGGAUGCUUUAUCUAGAGUUCGUUGUGUUAUUUGAAUUGGAACUCAGGCUUACAGCUAUAUACACUGAUGACUCUUUUCUGUUGUAAGCAUGCUUCCAUUGAUUCUUUUAUGUUAAAACCACAAAUUAUAAAUGCCAAGAACUGUUACACCAUUGCUUGCACAAGUUCCUACUUAUUGCAUUGUUCUUUUUUCUUUUUAAGCUUUGCAUUAGUGUCGGAUUUUAGUUCUGUUGCUCACAGUAGUGAAAAUGUGGUGCAAGUUGUGAUUUGGCCUUGCAAUGGCUACCAGCACAGCUUUUGAGUUGAAAAAAAAUUGUAAUGUCCUAAGGACGUUUGUUAGUCCUGUAAGAGAUGUGGUAAUAAGUGUUUCAUCUUACUUAUAUCUUUAGCUUGUUACACAGGGAAAUCUAUUAGACCAGCUUCAUGUAACAGGGUAAAGCAAGUAAUUUUAUUUUUUAUUGCAGUUUGCAUUGAUUCGCAGUGUUAAAACACUUUUUCAUAAUUUCUUUUUCCAUGUGUAGUUCUAAGCAAAGGAACCUUGGAUUACUCCAUUCCUGAAAAUUAAAGAAGGGAAUGCAAGGGAAAGCUUACGGAUUGUAGUUUUUAACUGAACUGUUGUAGUUAUGUCAUAAAAGAAAAUGAAUUGAAGUAGACAGAAACAAAACCUAUCACCUGUUAGGUCUGAACCCACAAUAUUUGGAUUUACUUUACGUGUAAUGCAAAUGCAGGACAUUUCAGUUAAACUAGAAAGAACACUCCCUGUGCAUCACUUAGCAUCAUACAAUUCCUGAGAAGCAUUUCACUGUCAUGUUCACUUUAAACAGUAUUUACACAUUGAAUUUAAAAUUUUAAAAGAGUUCAUUGCCAGGCUAGUUGGUGUUGCAUAACUGGCUGAGACAUAUUAGUGCAAAGACGAUGACACGCACUAAUCACAACUGUUUAUUAGCAGGGAAUGAUUUCGCAUAUACAGUAGACUCUUAGUAAAGGAAAAUCUGUUAAACGGAACUGCUGCUCAAAUGGAACAAGUACUUC